UCCUGUCGCAAAGGCCGCAUCCGGGCGGCGAAUGAGCGCGUCGCUUUCUGUGCGCUGCGGCGGCGGCCGGGUCUUCCUGCUCCCGCCGCGCUGCCGGACGCCCCGACGGUCGCCAUCCGCGCCGCAUUCGGCUCGGCGCCCCCGCCUCCUCCGCGAUGCCCCCCAAGAAACAGGCUCAGGCCGGGGGCAGCAAGAAGGCGGAGCAGAAGAAGAAGGAGAAGAUCAUCGAGGACAAAACUUUUGGUCUGAAGAAUAAGAAAGGAGCAAAGCAACAGAAGUUCAUUAAGGCUGUCACUCACCAGGUGAAGUUUGGUCAGCAGAAUCCACGUCAGGUGGCACAAAGCGAAGCUGAGAAGAAGCUGAAGAAGGAUGACAAGAAGAAAGAGCUGCAGGAGCUGAACGAGCUGUUCAAGCCUGUAGUUGCCGCACAGAAGAUAAGCAAAGGUGCAGAUCCCAAAUCUGUGGUGUGUGCAUUCUUCAAACAAGGGCAGUGUACUAAAGGAGAUAAAUGUAAGUUCUCUCAUGACCUCACUUUGGAGAGAAAGUGUGAAAAACGAAGUGUUUACAUUGAUGCCAGAGAUGAAGAACUUGAAAAAGAUACUAUGGAUAAUUGGGAUGAGAAAAAGCUGGAAGAAGUAGUAAACAAGAAGCAUGGUGAGGCGGAAAAGAAAAAACCAAAAACUCAAAUAGUGUGCAGACAUUUCCUUGAAGCUAUUGAAAACAACAAGUAUGGCUGGUUCUGGGUGUGUCCUGGAGGUGGCGACAACUGCAUGUAUCGUCAUGCACUUCCUCCUGGGUUUGUGUUGAAGAAAGACAAAAAGAAAGAGGAGAAAGAAGAUGAGAUUUCAUUAGAAGAUCUAAUUGAAAGAGAGCGUUCUGCCUUAGGUCCAAAUGUUACCAAAAUCACUCUAGAAUCUUUCCUUGCGUGGAAGAAAAGGAAAAGACAAGAAAAGAUUGAUAAACUUGAACAAGAUAUGGAGAGACGGAAAGCUGACUUCAAAGCAGGGAAAGCGCUCGUGAUCAGUGGUCGUGAGGUGUUUGAGUUUCGUCCUGAGCUGGUUAAUGAUGAUGACGAGGAGGCAGAUGAUACCCGCUACAUCCAGGGAGCCGGUGGCGAUGAGGUUGAUGACUCAGUGGGUGUGAAUGACAUAGACGUGAGCCUGUACAUCCCGAGGGAUGUGGAAGAGACGGGUAUCACUGUAGCCAGUCUGGAAAGAUUCAGCACGUACGCUUCAGACAGAGAUGAGAACAAAUUAAGUGAAGCUUCUGGAGGCCAGGCUGAAAAUGGCGAGAGAAGUGACUUGGACGAGGACAGCGGAAUGGGGGGACAAGAGAAUGGAUCCAUCGAUGCUGUUCCCGUGGAUGAGAAUCUGUUCACUGGGGAAGAUCUGGACGAACUAGAAGAAGAAUUAAACACACUUGAUCUGGAAGAAUGACACCAAACAAGGCAAGGAAGAAAAUUAGGUCAGCUCAACAUGAUCAGCCGUAAUCAAAAUUGACUACGUUAAUUGUUUUGCCACCUAGAAUCAACAGGAUGUUUAUUUCCCGUGAUGAUUCUGGAGGGAUACUGCCCUCCACAAAGGAAUACUCUCCCUGCGUCUUCUCUUCUGACUUUGACUACAUCUCCUAGUAAGUUCAGAGUAGUUGAUGAUAAAUUGAAAAUGGUCGUUACAGAAGAUGGUUGUUGUUGUCACUGUCCUCUCCCGUAGGAAGUGUAACUGCUUCUCCAGCUUUUGGUUUCACUGGGCAUGUGUUAUUUCCAGGAACAACAAAGUCAUACUUAACAUACUUUCCGUUUGAUGCAGUUUUUAAUGAGUGGUUUCCUUUCCUUUGUAUUUAUAUGUUUUAAAGACUGCCUGAAAGGUGAGCGCUAUACUUGAUAAAGGAAGCUGCAUGUGCAGGGUCAGUGUUGCACAUCUGGACAGUUAGAUGGACGCUGAGAUGGGACUUGUUCAACCUGACAGGGUCAGCCACAAUGCCCUGUUCUAAAGCUGUUUAAAGUUCUCCCCUUUUUGCCAAUAAAGUUGUAAAUAAAAACCAUCGUACAUCCAAAUCCAACUGGGCGUUUUGUUUUGUUUGUAAGCUUUUCUAUGAAGUAUUUAACAUUCCUAGCUUGGUAUUUUUAUUAAAUAUUGAUGAUAUUGGUUGUAGGUGUCACAGAGGCAAAGACUUAAUGGAUUUUCUUGGCACAUGGUAUGUUACCAUGGAUUACUGACAGUGUUGGCAGUUGUUACUAUUGUCCAUUUCCAAAAAGACUUACAUGCUGUUACUUUAAUUCCGGAAUUGUUGGAUCACAUACCUAAUUAAACGGUUAUUACAGUUAAACAAAUACUUCGUUGAAAUCAGUAUUACAGAAAGAAGAAGGUAAACAAACAGAAAACUUGGGGCUGAGGGUCUUGGCUAUUGAAAAUUUAGAGUAAUAGCACAUUUGAAAUGUUUUUUGCGCAUAUUUAGCACUAGAUACCGACAGUUCAUUGCCGUGGUACUGUGUUUCGUGGGGUGAUUUCCAAAUGUGGAUUUUUAGAAUGAUUUUUUAAGUAUAUAAGGUAAUAAUGUUAAAAUAUCAGGUGACCUAAGCCCUAACCUCUUUCCGGCCUCAGAGAAAUUAUACCUUAAGUUUCUGGGUUUCAGUUUUUCAUUUAUCUGUAAAUUUUAAUAUUGAAUGUGGGACUAGGAUGUAGCUCACUGUAAGAGUACUUUCUUAUCCUGUGCAGAAGACCCCAGUUCUAAAUGGUUUUUUAAAAACCUGUUUUCCAGAAAUGCUUUCAAAAUCUAACUUAAGAAAAAGAAAGACUGUAUACAUUGUUAAAUGAUAACCUCAAAGUUUAUAAAAAAAAUUUGUUUUCUAGCUCUUAUUUAUCAUAAUUAACAUCUUCUAAUAUAGAAUAUAAUGAACCAA